AUGGUAGCGUGCGAUGAAAGUGUUUAUCACUCGCGAGCGCGCACAGCCACAGCUGAUCUUAUCGCCACGAGCGCACAUGUAGCUGUCGCCUUUACGCCGCGCGUCGCGACGGCACCGACUUUCCAGCAGCCCGCGCCGGAUACUCGUUACACUGUGCGCAAACUGCCUCGCCGAUCAAGUGCAAAUGUUCGCGAAUGCAAGACAACUCGAGCAAAUCGCUCGACCGAAGAGUCAGGGUUAACAACGUCCUAUUUUUCGCAAUUGCAGUUCAUUGUAUUCUCCACUAUCGUCGCCGUGGCUAUAGCUGGGAUUCUGCCUCACGUCAACCACAACGGCACUCCCCCCGACCACGUUAUCGUGAUCAAGGAGACUCCCUCGGACAACAUCGGAAUCGAUAACUACAAAUUCGCCUACGAGCAGUCCGAUGGUCAGAAGCGCGAUGAGUCUGCUCAGAUUGAAACUCGCCGAGUCGACAACGAAGAGCAGUCAGUCCUCCAUGUCACUGGAUCCUACAGCUUCGUCGGACAAGACGGUCUGACCUACACCGUCACCUACGUCGCUGACGAGAACGGUUUCCAGCCACAGGGUGCUCAUUUGCCCGUCGCUUGA